AGCGGCAGUUUGUUUCUCACAUUUCUCGCGUUUGGUUGUAAAUUUUUAACAAGGGAUACUAUCACGGUAAAGCCAUUUGCGGGAGUUUAUUUUUGUUAAAUUUACUUGGAAUUCUUUGGAAAAAAGUAUAAAAUUGUGUAAAAUAUAAGUUUGUGGGACGUAUAAACCAAGGCUGCUUAAAUAAUAUAAAUCGCUAUUUUAAGGCAGAGAAAUAUACAAUAACAAAUCAAGGCCACUAAAAAGAAACUCGAUCCAAAGCAAAAUCUAGCUAAAGCAACCGGUGCAGCGGAACGUCAAACGGACGUGUGUGUGUACAAUACAAAUUCGCAAAGACCGCUAAAAAGUGCAGGAAGCAGGCUGAAUCUGAUUUCAAUAACAUAAUUUUAUAAAAAAUACUUUUAUAGCAGCAUAAAUUGUAAUUGCUGCGGUGUACGUGUGUGCGCGGUUCAAUAUUGGGGCUGUGUUUGGAAUUUUUGCAGAAACUCCACGUGAAUGUCUUCACAAUCGUCGACUCGUUAUAUGCCAAUAACCACAAGAAUGGACAAUCCAGCACUUUCAGGGUCCAGUGGUGAUGUGGAAGCCGAUAGCAAUUCCGUGGAGGCUAGUCUACCCGCCACCUGUUCAUCGCAGCAAUUAAUGCCUCCUUCUUCAGACACGGAUAGCGCUGUUGUACAACGGCCAACCACCGGAAUCACAAAGACACAAUGGUUUACGGUGGUGGUGCUGUGCUUUGUGAAUCUAAUCAACUAUAUGGAUCGCUUUACUAUAGCAGGUGUUUUAACGGACAUACAAGAUGAUUUUAAAAUCGGUGAUGAUGAUGGCGGUCUGCUACAAACCGCCUUUGUACUCUCCUAUAUGAUUUGUGCGCCGGUUUUCGGCUAUCUCGGUGAUCGUUAUUCGCGUCGUUGGAUUAUGGCCAUUGGUGUUUUGUUAUGGUCGACAACAACAUUACUCGGCUCAUUUAUGGGUAGCUUUGGCGGUUUUAUCACAUUCCGUGCUUUGGUGGGCAUUGGUGAAGCCUCUUAUAGUACCAUAGCACCAACAAUUAUAUCAGAUUUAUUUGUACAUGAUUUACGUUCGAAAAUGUUGGCAUUAUUCUACUUUGCGAUCCCUGUGGGUUCCGGAUUUGGUUACAUUGUCGGCUCAGAGACGGCACGUUUGGCCAAUGACUGGCGUUGGGCGCUGCGUGUCACACCCAUGCUGGGCAUUUUCGCUGUCGCAUUGAUACUGUUAACCAAAGAGCCCGUACGCGGUGAGAGUGAAGGCUCUCACAACUUGGAACCUACCAGCUACACUGAAGAUAUAAAAGAUUUGGUGAAGAAUCAUUCGUUUAUGCUUUCGACAGCCGGUUUCACAUGCGUUGCCUUCGUAACAGGUGCUUUGGCUUGGUGGGGACCUAAAUUUAUUUAUCUUGGCAUUAAAAUGCAGCCAGGCAAUGAGGAGCUGUCACUGAAUGACGUAUCGUACAAGUUUGGCAUCAUUGCAAUGAUAGCUGGUCUAAUUGGUGUACCCUUGGGUUCGCUGCUCGCUCAACGUCUACGACCACAUCACGAGGGCUGUGAUCCAUACAUAUGCGCCUUCGGUCUACUCAUAUCAGCGCCCAUGGUCUACUUGUCGCUGGUGACACCGCAAACCACAACCUCGUUUUGCUUCUUGUUCGUCUUUUUGGCACAGGUGACGCUGAAUUUAUGCUGGUCGAUUGUUGCUGAUAUUUUGCUGGUAAGAAAACUGAUUCGAAAAAAGAAACACAAAUCAAUGAAUAGAAAAAAAGGCGAAGUGCAAUCAUCAGCAACUAAAAGCAGCAAUUAAAAAAAAAAUACCAUAGCAUAAAAAAAGGUAGUAAAAAAACCAAAAUUUCAAAUUUCAACGCCACUGUCUGCUCCGCUGCGCGCGCUACAAACCACCAAAAGUGUAUAAGCAGCUUGUACGAUCGCUAAUUGCCACGACUGUUAGCUAUGUCAACGGCAUUGUAUAGUUUUAUUUUUUAACGCGUUUUUUAGUUUACUGGAAUUUUCUUUUUUAAAUGCUUUCUACUGGAUACUAAAUUUGUUUUCUUUGUUUUUUUUUUUCUCCCCCCUAUAACUCUGAACAAAAUUUAUCAACUUUAAAUUCGCGCAAAAAUCAAAAUGAAUAUGCAUUUUUCGAA